GCCUUAAUUCCAGCGCAUACUCCAUUGACUCCAAUAGUUUCCCCCGUGCAGCGCUGUACCGAUUUUCAUAUACACUUGCAAUAAUCGCGAUAAUUUUUAAAGCGCAUCGUGAUAAUAUAAAUAUUCUCAUUAAGGUCUACGUUUUAAACAGUCACGCUAUGGCUAGCAAGCGGUCAGCAACCAGUGAAUUAAAUCAUGAUAAUUGGAAUCAUGAGGAUGUACCAGAAGAAGCAGGCACAUUUCUAAAGGCAGCUGAUGAUAUACUUGAGAAGAGAGUUAUAAAGGCAGCCAGAAGAAGAAUACCAAAUUCGGGUGAUGGGGCUACAAAAAGUGCUUUUGGAGCAUUCACAGGUUUCAAGACUGCAUCAACAGCAAGUUCUUCGUCUCCAUUUAGUUUUUUGGCUAAUGUGAAAUCCAGUACAACUACCAACCCAGUCACAAAUUCUAAUACCACAACUAAUGCGAAUACCCCAAAUAAUGGCGCUACAACGACUACUGAAAAUGGGACACAAAAAUUAAAUACGGAAUCUGCGCCAACUUUGUCUAAGACUUCAGUCCAAUCAAGUACUGUGAGUGAUACCAACAAAAAACAAGAUGAAAUAUUUAAAAAGUCAUCCGAUUACUAUGCUAAACUGAAAGGAUUAAAUGAAAGCGUUAGUCAAUGGAUUAAGACCCACGUGGACUCAAAUCCAUUUUGUAUUUUGUCGCCAAUAUUUCGCGAUUAUGAGAAAUACCUAAAAGAAAUAGAAGCAAAACAUGGCUCUGAUGUAAGUAAGAAUACUUUAAGUGCUCAAGGGAAGAAACAAGAAUCAUUUAACAACGAUAACACAACAGCAAAGCAGACGAGUACGUCAACGCCAGAAAAAAAGUCUGAAACUUCAAUUUUCGCAAAUAGUAAUACAAUAUCAGCAUCCUCUAGCAGUGGCGAGUGGAAACCGGAAAAAUCAAUUUUUGGCAAUAUGAAUAGUUCCAAGUUAAUCUUUGGUAACGCAGAGCAAAAGUCGGAAGGCAAGAGUCUCUUUGGUAACGUUAGUACAGAUAAAAAUCCAUUUUUUAACAAAUCAGAGGAAAAAAAAGAUGAUAGUUCUACGAAAUCCGACGCGAAACCAACUUUCAGUUUUGGACAAAGUUCCUCAGCUAGUACAGCUACAGCAGGAUUCAGUUUUGGAAGCGCAAAACCAUUUUCCUUUGCUGCACAAGUAUCAAAACCACAAGACAGCGAAGAAAAACCUGAGAAUGAGGAUAAGGAAGAGGAGGAUGAACCACCUAAGCCAGAUUUUAAACCAGUCACUGAAGAAGGUGCUGUCUAUGAACAACGAUGCAAGGUUUUCGUGAAGAAAGAAAGCAGUUUCAGCGACCGCGGUGUAGGUACGUUAUUCUUGAAACCUACACCAAGUGGCAAAACUCAAUUAAUAGUGCGCGCAGAAACAUCACUUGGAAAUUUACUGCUUAAUACUUUACUAACUGCCAGUAUUCCUAUUCAACGUAUGAACAAGAAUACUGUGAUGUUGGCGUGUCUGCCUAUGCCGGAUUCACAGCCACCACCCACGCCUAUACUGUUGAGGGUUAAAACAGAAGAAGACGCAGAUCUCCUGCUGGAAACAUUGAACAAGCACAAGAAAUAAAUAAUUGAGAAAAAGGAAAACAUGAAUAAGGAAACAAAAGUCAUAUAACUAUACAGAAUCGAUAUAAACAAAAAUUCCAUCAAGACAGAGUUAUAACGUCUUAGAAUGGGAAGAAACGAAUUACAAGAACCAAUGAAUUAAAACUGAAAUAAUAGACAUUCAAAUAAUUGACUUGUAAAACCCUAACUGGUUUAAAGGAUGCCGCUAUCCAUUUAGAUGAUUGUUGUAUGUAGUGUUUUGCAACUUUAAGUUUUAAGAAAAACAAUAGAAAUUGUUCAUUUACAGAGUGCUCCGUAUCUUACGGAGGUAUCACGUAAUAUGGAGCCCUGUAAUAUAUCAUGAAUGGCUGAUCGUUACUACUAAUUGUUUACCGUAGAACAAUCGUCAUUGACCAGAUAAAAAUGUGGCGCCUCUUUCCUCCUUGACAGCAAUGGGUGCCCUUUGUAAAUUUUAAGUUCGUUGUGAUACGUCGGGUUUUUUUUAGAAGCUCGAAGAACUUUUAUUAUUCACUUAUUGCAAAGAGACGUAUCGAGGUAAAAUUGAGGAAAAGGAAAAAAAGAAAAAUAAUAUAGGCUACUUGUAUAUAAACAAAGAAGCUACAAUAAAGAACACUGUACGUGAAUA